AUGUCCGACAUAAAUACAGACAGCGAGAUACUACCUUUGGAAUUGGUGGAUAAGGCGAUUGGAUCCCAGGUUCGGAUAUUGCUGAUUAAUGACAGAGAGUUUGAAGGCACGUUGGUCGGCUUUGAUGAGUUUGUCAACGUGAUCUUAAGUGAUGUUACGGAAACUGGGCCUGAAGGUACUAUCCAUAGAGAUGAAAUGCUGUUAACCGGGACCACCAUAGCCAUGUUUGUAACUGUUUAA